CAGUUAUUUUUUUAGAUGAUAAACAUGUAAUGCCUAAAAUGCUAUAUCAUUCCUUUAGUGAACACUUGAUCAUUUGUAGCAAAGGAUCCACCUGCAGCUAAAAACAAUUUCUGAAAUAUGAAAAACUUUUCUGCCUGACCUAACAGCCAUACAGUGUAGGGCUAAUCUGAUCAUACUUUUGCUUUAACCGGUUAAUAAAUGGAUAGCAAAAGGUGCUUUUUACAGAAUUCAAAACUAAAACAGCCACUUAAGAAGGUCUGGAUAGAACAUAUUUGCAGAUAAAGAAUGUAUUUUUCAUCUGAAGUGGAAAAUGUGUACAUUUCUGUACAGCUUUCGCUUGUUUACUGCUCUGACUGUGUUGUUCUUCUUACAAAUGACCUUUUUUGAGUCUGUAAACUCCAGUUAAUGAGAUUAAUUGAUUACUUAAAUAAUUGAUGAUUAUUUCAAUAAUCGAUACAUCAUGAUUUAUUGCUUAAUCCCUAACUAUCUGGGCAAUUUCUUAAAAGUUAUUAACAAAUGAGUCAAGAAAAAAAUAGAAUCCAAUUGAUAAUUUUCAGUUCAUUCCCAUCAUGAAUCCUGCCAGGACUUUAACCCUGAGCUCAGUGGUGUUUGAGUCACCCAGCAGCGCUUUCAGGGUGUAUUGUUGAACCGUUUUGUGUGAUCAGUGUAUUGUUAGACUCUUGGGAUUGUCAUUGGGAGGCCGUGGGUGGGUGGGCUUGUAUUCUGUGUGCUGACAUGGACCUUCUAUGAGCGCAUUCAGUUGGAUGAUGUCAGGGGGAGAACAGUGAAAAACGAUAAUCUGCCCGAAAAGACCGAAACAAGCAGAGAAAGUCUAACUGAGAUGGAACCGAAGAGACCUGGGAUUAUCGGAGACGGAUCACUCUCUAACAUGGACUAAUCUGGGAAGCGGCGCACGUUUCCUUACAUUUGGUUUUCCUGCCGUGAAGUGGGCCAAGAGGGCUGAACAUGCAGGAGUCUCCAGGUGUCGCCGGUGUGGACGGCAGCUACGGCAGCAACGUGCCGGCGUUUCUCACCAAGCUGUGGACGCUGGUGGAGGAUCCGGACACCAACCACCUCAUCUGCUGGAGCGCUACAGGAACGAGUUUCCACGUGUUUGACCAGGGCCGCUUUGCCAAAGAAGUUCUGCCGAAAUACUUUAAACACAACAACAUGGCGAGCUUCGUUCGACAGCUCAACAUGUACGGUUUCCGUAAAGUGGUGAACAUCGAGCAAAGCGGCCUGGUGAAGCCUGAAAGAGACGAUACGGAGUUCCAGCACCUCUACUUCCUGCAGGGACACGAGCACAUGCUGGAGCACAUCAAGAGGAAGGUUUCCAUCGUGAAAAGCGAGGAGACCAAAGUCCGGCAGGAGGACCUGAGCAAACUGCUGUACGAAGUCCAGCUUCUGAGGACGCAGCAGGACAACAUGGAGUGUCAGAUGCAGGACAUGAAGCAGCAGAAUGAGGUUCUGUGGAGAGAAGUGGUCUCACUGAGACAGAACCACACACAGCAACAGAAGGUCAUGAACAAGCUGAUCCAGUUUCUGUUCAGCCAGAUGCAGUCCAGCACACCCAGCGCUGUGGGCCUGAAGAGAAAACUGCCUCUGAUGUUGGAUGACGGCUCUCCCAGCCCCCCUGCCCCCAAGUUCAGCCACAGCCAUCCCAUAGAGCCGGUGCAUGAAUCCUACUACAUCCACUCACCAUCCAGUGAUUCUGCAUCUUGUUCGACGGACGGACUGACCGGAGGACCGAUCAUUUCAGAUGUUACUGACAUGACUCAGGCCAGCAUGGCCAUUCAGAUGCAGUCUGCUGACAACAGGGAGAAAAGCAUGAUGCUCAUCAAAGAGGAGCCUGUGAGCCCUGGAGUCCGCGGUGGAGGGAAGGGAGGCGGCGCUGACGGAGGAGAGGCGGCGGCCAUGACGUCCACCUGUCAGGUCUGCUCCUCUGAGCCUCCAGUCCUCCCGGUCGCCAUGGUGCAGUCUGUCCUGGAGGGGAGGGGCUCCGUAGCCUCCAUGGUGGAGAGGAGGAACCGGAGACCCGCCCUGGACCGAGCUGAGCUUCCAGAGUCGGUGGAGAACGUAGACAUGAGUCUGGAGGAGCUGCAGCAGCUGCUGCUCAGGAGCCACCAGCAGAGCGCCAUGGAAGCUGGAGCCGGUGCCGUAAUGGAUCCUUUCAGUUUAAGCCUUCCUCUGACUGAGUGGAACUUCACAGAGAUGGAAUCCAACCUGAAAUCUUACAUGUUCCAGAACCAGGAAGCCGAGGCUUUUCCUGCAGCUUCCUGUGAGGAUCAGUGAGUCUGAGCUGCUGCAUUUUAGCUCAACGGCCACACAAGCUGCUGCUCCGCUCAUUAUUCCACUCCACAGGAGUUUGAACUCACGGCCCUGCCAGGCUGUUUCCACGCUGCUUUGCUUCC